AAUAUAGUAUCUCUUUAUUACUAUGUGUAAUUUGGAUGAUAUGAUUUUAGGGUGGAGGGUGGUAUUCUACUUUGGAUGGAUGUGUGAACUAUACACAAAGUUUCUUGUUUAACCAAACAGCUGGUCUUCAAAAAUUUAGUGGUAUAUUGAGCAACGACAAGUUCCAAAAUCCAGAUUUUUUCAAUUGGAAUAAAAUAAUGAUAAGGUACUGUGAUGGUUCAUCUUUUACCGAAAAUUCAAAUAAAAUAUAUAAUGGUACUAAAUUGUACUUUAAAGGAGCUAGGAUUUUGGAAUCCACUUUGAAAGUGAUGUUGAAAAGGGAACUGAAGUCCGCAAAGAAGAGACCAACUAAGAUGUUGCCCACAUCUUGCACCUCCAAAUUCCCUCCUGCAAUGUGCUUUUUCGCACAAAAUGUACAACAAGACAUUAAAACUCCCAUUUUCUUCAUCAUGUCGGAAUUUGAUUAUAUUGAGAUUGGGUAUACAAGUGGCAAAUCAUUCUACGAUGAUUGCAUGAAAAACAAAACUUGCACAUCUGACCAAAUUAAUGUUAUGCAAGAUUUACGAUUGGAGCUGUUAAGGGUAUUGCCAGAACAGGACAACCGAUCAUCAAUAAGAUUCUUGAUCUUAUCUCGCUAUGGCCAUGUCCAUACACUUUAUCAUUGGUAUGAACCUGCUGCUGGGACUAACAAGACAAUAGCAAAUUUCUUUGGAGAUUGAUAUUUUGACCGACAAGUUAUGCAGAUCAUCGAGAAAUGUGAUGAUCCUUAUGUUUGCAAAUGAAAUGCUGAAGUAUUGUGAACUUAUGAUAUUAUGUGAUGAAUUGUGGAUGAUAGAUGUUAUAUAUGUGUUUAAAGUUUGGAAAUAUAAUUUAUAAUCGUUUACCCUGAAUUAUAUUAUGUUUUUUUUUUGUCUAAUGAUAUUCGGGUUGGACUUCCAUUUGGAAGGUUGUGAGUUCGAGCCUCAGUGGAGGCGUUAUUGGCUUUUUAUGUUUCAGUAUGUUGAGAAAGAAUAUGAAAUACUAUAUUGUAAUAGAGCUAGUAGCAUU